AUGAACUCCGAUUGCGGAGUCGAUAAGGCAGUUUCCGACGCCUCUAACUUCCGUAGUAGCAGGUCCUCACAAGAUGAAAACUUUGGCCUUCUCUCAUCUUCGGAAGUUGUAGCAGACCUUACAGCCCUUUCGGGUGAAGUCCAAGCCAUUGCUCAUCUCUUCAACAAUGAAUUCGAAGCUAUUCUAGCCAUGGAAGCUGAUUCAGAUACUUCUUGUUCAGCAUCGGCAAUAGUCCAACGACUAGUGCCCAUUGUUGUGACGGUUCUUGAACAAAUGGAUGAAUCUUUCAAAGAUCAUGCUGCUUACAAGGCCGAGGUUUUGCAACUGAGGGAUGAAAAUGCGGUUCUUACGAAGGAAAUAGUCAAAGUCAGGGCAGCCAGUAGAAAUACCGAGGAUAUCCUGAUUCAAAUUGAAGAGCAGUUUGAAAAUGAAAGAAAAACUCUCAACGAGGCUUUGGUUCAAAACGAAACUCAAAUCCGAUUUCUGGAAAUGAAGACCAAAAACACGGAAGAACAGCUUUCCAGAAUGGAACAGAAAGAGAUGGAAUCUAUGAAAGAGAGCUCAAAACUCCAUGAAAGAAUAAACGAAUUGCUAAGAUCUCAUGCAGAGCUUAGCGAUUCAAUAAAAAAUUCAUCUCCUAUAUCCGCUUCAGCUCCUGCUAAAUCACGAGAUUCGGCAAGUAACCGUUUGCUCAACAACGCUUUUGACACAACUAGUGAUGGGCUUGGCUUCGAUGAACUUUCUGCAAUGGAAGGAGAUCUUAAUGUGCCUCUAGAAGAUGAUACUACAGAUGAAGUGAGUUGUACUCAGGUGCCUAGCUCCGAUUUCGACGCUAUAUUUGAUUUCGCCGGGAUGCAGAAGGAGGUGAAUAAUCUCAUUCGAGAGAAUAUGGAACUAAUGGAAACGAAAAAUGCAUUGAAUAUUGUCAAGGAUGAUCUACUACUUCAAAGAGAUGCUCUAAAGGCGGACAAUGAGCUCUUAAAGGACGCAGUGAAACAGUUAACUGAAAAGCAGACCUUGCUGCAAGUGGAAUUGGUCAAAUCUGAUGAAAUUCUGACCACUGCCAGAACAGAAAUUGAGACUCUAAAGGCCCAAGUCGCUAAACUCAAAGAGCGUUCCGAUAAGCCCUCGACUACCAGAAGCUUCACCAAGGCUGAAAUGGCGCGUCUGAUCAGUGAUCGAAAUUAUUACAAGGAGAGGUUUUUAGAGUUGCGUGAGGCCAUUAAACUCAUGGAGACACUUCGAGCUAGUCAAAGAGGUCAUCCAGAAUUGUUGAAUGACCUUCCACCCACAGUUACUGAUGUGCAGUUACAUUCGUCUCCCCAUCACCAAUUCAAGACUGCUUUCGGGAAGCUCUUGAACCUCAUAUCCUUUCCAAGGCUGGAUUUUGGUUUGGAUGCUACAAGGCUUUCUGAUAGUGACGUUUUUGAACGCCAAAGCGAAGAAUCUGCUAAUGCCUCUAAUCCUCCACCAUCCACAUCAGAAGCACCCACUUUCCAAUCCCAGCAAUGGAUCAAGAUCUAUCAGUCGGCAGCUGUGACACCAGUCUUUGGAUGGGUGCGUGGAUUCGGUCGGAUUCGACAGGGCAAGUCAGAGUCAUCCUCCGCCAAAAAUCCGGCAUCCCUUUUUAGUCCUGUGGCCAAUCCAGUACCGAAAAAGGUCCGAAGUAUAGAACGAUCAACGCUAAGAAUUGAGCUGACUGCCGCCCUGUCUGUCCCCUCUCCACUCGAUGAUGAUUGCACGCAACAUCUCUGGCUCAUCGGCAGGGGAGCUGCUUCAGAAGAGGUGGUUGGACUCAAGAAGUCGAAGAAAGUUGGCAAGCUGUACAUUUUCGAUCCGCUUCAACUCAACGAUGCCCUAGUGAGAAUGGAUCUUGUGGACGAUUUUCUCCCUAUCUCAGCUGCUCUCUUCUCAGUUGCGGGCGCCGAAUCUUCUUCCCCAUUAGCUGACAGUGGGAGAUAUAUAGUUCAAGACUAUGAAAACCUGCAAACUUCUAAAACGCCAGUUGUACUCUAUAGCAGUGCUAGUAUCCUUUUUUUGGUUGAAUCUUUAGAAUUGCCAAAUCCCUACCGAGUGUUAAUUGCAGCGACGGAUGGUCGAUUUAUUGUUUGUGCUACUACUCCUAACCGGGAUGGUGUCUCAAAAGGAGAUUCCUGGAAGGUUACCUUUCUCUCUACUUUCAAACUGGCCAAUCCGGGAGAAUCUGCUACUUCUAUUGUAACACUUGGUCACCGAAUCUGCAUGGGAGUACUUAAUUCUACUGGAUCCAAUCAAUUGGUGACCCUCAAGUGGUGUUUAGAGAUGCCUGAUACUCCCCCUCUCAGCAGUAAUAUUAGUCUAAAUCGAGUACUACGAGCGACGGCCCUUCAACUGCCAACCACUGGGUUCUCAAGUGGUCCCAGUGGACCCCUUCUCCUUUCUGCAAUAUUUUCUCAAGAAUUUUGCUGUCUGGGCACUGUUGGCGGAGGUGUUCUUCAUCGAUUUGACAUCAACACUGACGCUUUUGUUGGACACCUUGCUCUUCCUUCUCAAACUCCAUGUCUUCAUGCGAUUGCUGUAGGCAAUGAUGAUAAUGGGGAGAGUUCUUCAACAAACACUCGAAAACUCAUCUGGCUAGCGGUCUCCGGUUUAAGUCCUCCUACACCCACGAUUCAUCGGGAAUCGAACGUGGAAAGUUCAAAUUCUGAUGGUGACAAUGGAUACCUGGGUCCACUGUCUCGCCUACUUUCAGUUUGCGCUGAAAAACAUAUCUUUCUUCAUAAUAUCGAUCUUACUAGUGUCCUUUCGUCUAUGAUAGACAAAACAGGCGUUCAAGAUCCCGUUGACCUGACAGUGUCCCGGCUCUUUGUGCAGGGCAGUGAAUGUAUCUGGUUUGCUACAAGAUGCGGUCUAAUCGGUCGCUUUCUUUGUGCUUCCCUUCUGAAUAAUACGAGUGACCCCGCUGCAAUUUCUCCAACCAAGGUGCUUAAUCAGGAGGACAUAUCCCUCAGUUGUCACGCUUACCGACGUCCUGUGUCCGCGUUGAUUGCAAUUAAAAAUCAAGAGGAGAAUAAAGAGGAGGACUCCAGUUCAGCCAACCCGGGUUCCUUCUUAGUUGUUGCAGUGGGUCACGAUUAUGCUUAUUUACAAAUCUCAUCUCCCGCUUCCCGAGCAGAUGCAACAACUCACUCCCUCGUAUCGGCAAUAAAUCAACGUAACCAUGGCUCGUCCGGUGCCCACGCAAUUGUCUGGAGCGUCUCCACAUAA